AUGCCAGCCUCAAUUCCAAAAACUAUGAAAGCCAUCGUUACUGAAGACGAUAAAGCCGUCGUUAAGGAGGGMGUGCCCAUUCCUGAAUUGGAAGAUGGCUUCGUUCUGAUCAAGACCRUUGCUGUUGCCGGUAAYCCCACUGAYUGUGGGCACAUUGAUUACAAGAUMGGCCCUCAAGGKUCCAUCCCGGGUUGYGAUGCUGCAGGCCACAUUGUCAAACURGGUCCUGGCGUUGAUUCCAAACGCUUUGCCAUUGGCGAYUACAUUUCCGGGUUUAUUCACGGUUCCUCUGUAAGAUUCCCCUCCAAUGGYGCCUUUGCUGAAUACUCCGCUGUUUCAGCGGAGACUKCCUACAGAUUGCCCAACGAUAUUGGACUUUGUGGUAAGGACAAYCUAAUUGAAGGUCCUGUUAGGUCUUUAGAAGGCGCUGUCACCUUUCCAGUGUCAUUGACCACCGCCGGUAUGAUCCUGACCUAUAACUUGGGCUUGGACAUGGAAUGGAAGCCUUCUGUGCCACAAAGGAGUCAUCCCGUCUUAAUAUGGGGCGGUGCUACUGCCGUAGGCCAAUUGCUGAUCCAGCUGGCUAAAAAAUUGAACGGGUUUACCAAAAUCAUUGUCGUCGCUUCUCGGAAACACGAAAAGCAAUUGAAAGAGUACGGUGCCGAUGAACUGUUUGAUUAUCAUGAUACUGAUGUUGUCGAACAAAUCAAGAAGAGACACAACAGCAUUUCAUAUUUGGUUGACUGUGUCGCUAAUGUAGRCACCCUUCAGCAAGUGUACAGAUGUGCAGCGGAUGAACUGGAUGCCACCAUCAUUGAGUUGAGUAGCUUGACCGUCGAAAACGUCAAAGAGGAAUACAGGAGACAAAAUGUCACCAUUGCCAAAACAAGCCUAUACGCGAUAGGUGGACACGAAGUUCCAUUUGGAGAAUUCACUUUUCCCGCGGARCCUGAGUGUAAAAAGGCCGCCAUUAGAUUAGUCAAAUUCCUCAAUCCAAAGAUCAAAGARGGGGAAAUCCACCAUAUCCCAGUCAAGGUCUACAAGAAGGGGUUGUAUGACAUYCCGCAGUUGCUYGAUGACAUCAGGAACAACAAAAACAAUGGYAAAAAGCUGGUCGCGGUAUUGGCUUAG